GCGUUCUCAUUCUCAUCUCCAUCAUCUCUUUCUCUCUGUUUAACCACACACUCCUUCACUUCCACUUCAAUGGAGUCCCCUUCCCGUUCACCUCACAUAGCCAUCCUGCCAACUCCCGGCAUGGGCCAUCUCAUCCCCAUCGCUGAGCUCGCCAAGUUCCUCGUCUCCCACCACGGCUUCUCCGUCACCUUCAUCACCUUCGCCGAGUCGGCUUCCAACGCCCAACAAGCCUUUCUUGACGCCCUCCCUUCCACCAUCACUUCCAUCAAACUCCCUCCCGUUCCUCUCUCCGACCUCCCUUCCGGCACAGCCAUAGAAACUCUCAUCUCCUUAGCCUCCCUCCGUUCUCUCCCUGCCCUUCGUUCCAUCCUCCUUGAUCUUCAAAAAUCCACCAACCUUGUCGCCUUCAUCGCCGACCUCUUCGGUGCCGACACCUUUGAUGUCGCCAAAGAGUUGCAAAUCCCACCUUACAUGUUCUUCCCUUCAAAUCUUCUCUUGCUUUCCUUGUUGCUUCACUUGCCGGACUUAGACACCAAGAUGACAUGCGAGUUCAAGGACUUACCAACCCCGGUGGAACUCCCAGGCUGUGUGCCUAUCCCCGGUACUGAAAUCCUCCAACCACUACAAGACCGCUCGAACGAGUGCUACUCAUGGAUGGUCCACCACGGCCGGAAAUACCGCGAAGCCACCGGCAUCAUCGUCAACAGUUUCUCCGACGUCGAGCCAGAAGCCGCCAAGAUCUUCUCCCAGUCUCCACCAGGCUUCCCACCAGUUCACCUCGUUGGUCCUCUUGUUCAAACUGGGUUACCCAACGUUGAAGGUUCAGAGUGUUUGAAAUGGUUGGACGAGCAACCAAGCGGCUCUGUUUUGUACGUCUCGUUCGGCAGCGGCGGCGUGUUGACUUGCGAGCAAACGAUAGAGUUAGCGUGCGGGUUGGAGAUGAGUGGGCAAAGGUUCUUGUGGGUUAUAAGAAGCCCGUCUGUUAAAGCCAGUGACACGUAUUUCUCGGCCACAAGUAAACAAGACCCGUUUAGUUACUUGCCGGAAGGCUUCUUGGAGAGAACUAAGAAAUUUGGGUUGGUUGUGCCGUCAUGGGCGCCACAAAUGCAAGUAUUGGCUCACACUGCGACCGGUGGAUUCUUGUCACACUGUGGUUGGAACUCGACGUUGGAGAGCUUGUCGCACGCCGUGCCGAUGAUUGGCUGGCCGUUGUAUGCUGAGCAGAAGAUGAAUGCUGUGAUGCUUAGUGAGGGCACUAAGUUGGCGUUGAGAUUAAGGCCUAGGGAAGAUGGAGUUUAUGGGAGGGAGGAGAUCUCUAGGGUUGUGAAGGAGUUAAUGGAGGGCGAGGAAGGGAAGAAGGUCAGAGGGAGAGCUAGGGAGUUGCAGGCCGCCGCCGUCAAGUCUGUCGCCUACGAUGGUGAGUCUUGUAAAACACUGGGUGAUCUUGUUGAGAAAUGGAAGAAGAGUGUCAUGUGAUCAUGCAAAUGUAUUAUAUUAAUUAGUUAUUUAUAAAUGUUAUGUUGUUUAAUUAUGUGAUAAUAAUUAGUUUGUUAAUUAGUUAAUAAAUCAGAUGAAAAUGUUGGCUUGA